CCCUUUGGGCUGUGCUGCCCCGUGUGAACUUGUGCUGCAGGGAGGCUGGGCAGGCGGGAGCCGGCGGCUGCAGCCGCAUCAGCUGUUGCUCCCGCGUCCCGGAGGCCUUGGGAGGGAGCGCAGCGGGCCCCCAUGCGGCGGCGGGGAAGGGGGUCUCCGCCUGCGGGCCCCUGCAACAGCAGCGGCGGCCGCUGACGCUGCCCUGGAGGAGCAGCAUGAGCAGCGGCUACAGCAGCCUGGAGGAGGAGGAGUCCGAGGAGUUCUUCACCGCCCGCACCUCCUUCUUCGGGAGGCCCCCGGCCAAAGCCAGGCCCGAGCUGCAAGAUGUUCAGAAAGAGAGAGAAACCCACACGUAUCUCAGUAAAGAAGAAGUUAAAGAGAAGAUUCAAAACUAUAAUUCAUCCGUUACUGACAAAUUAAAGAUGACCUUGAACUCAAAUGGGACUUACACUGGCUUCAUCAAAGUUCAGAUGGAACUAUACAGACCUAUUACUGUACAGACUUCUGUGAAUCCAGGAGAACAUGCUCACAAUAACAAUGAGACUUCAUUUUACUUGCCUCCAGGCUACAUGAAUAAGCUUCAUAUAAGCAGCAUUAACACUGUUCGUGAAGUUAUUGAGGCCUUGCUCAAAAAAUUUUUAGUGUUUGACAACCCUGCCAAGUUUGCACUUUAUAAACGCUGUCACAAGGAAGAUCAAGUUUAUACAUGCAAGCUCUCAGACAGAGAACAUCCCCUCUAUCUGCGUUUGGUAGCAGGUCCCAGCACAGAAACACUCAGUUUUGUUCUGCGUGAGCAUGAAACUGGAGAGGUUAUGUGGGAAGCCUUUAGCCUUCCUGAACUGCAGAACUUCUUGCGUAUACUGGACAAAGAGGAAGAUGAGCAACUACAGAUCUUAAAGAGGCGUUAUGCAGCCUACAAAGACAAACUUGAAGAAGCCCUUGGUGGGGUGUGGAAACCAGGUUAAAGUGGGGCCAAAGAACACUCAAGAAAAAUGCCAUGGAGCAUGCCAAACCCAAACGUACAGAACAGCAGCAAAGAUUAGUUUUCUUUAUUCAGAAGACUGGUUUGUGAAGCGAGGGUUACCUGUACUUUUCUAUAGAUUUAGACCCAUAAAUCAAGGCACUUAGAGUCUUGCACCUAUAAAUAAGGAAUUCUGCAUGUCUGUACAUCAACUUGCAACCCCCUGUUGUGCCUUAGAGGGCUUUCCAGGUUACCUUUGUGUAAGCUCUGAAUCGGUUAUCUAGGAUGCUAACAAAUAAGAAUUUUUUUACCACUUUUUAUUAUUUGCUUUAAUAUUAAUGAUAGCUUUAAAAGUAAGGAAGUGCAAAUUGAUCAUUUUAAAAAUUAAUAAAACAGCUUAGCCAUGUGUGAACAAAAAUCAGAUUGGAGCACUAUGUUUGAGAUUAAAUAGAUUUGCACUACCUUUCUGUUUUCAAAUAUUUACUGUGUAAUUUGUGAGAAAACAGUUAUAGGUGGAAAGGAUGUAAAACCUUUGAGGUUCUGUGAAAUUGUGGAAGGUUUUAAAAUAGUCUUACUGGAGAAAGUAAAGAGCAAGUUGAAAAGAAGGCAAGAGCUGAGGAAGUGCUGUAAUAGCUGAUGGAAGAUUGAUGUAGAGUGGAAAUACAAAUAUAGAAGAAGAAAUGGAAUUUUAUUUUUUAUAGUGAGUAGUUGUAAAAAAAAAGUUUUAGGAUGUUCUAAUAUUGUGAAUAAGUUUUAGAAUUGUGUACAUUCUCACUAGAAUAGAAAUGAGGAUAAUUAAUACAAGUACUGGAAUGGAAGGAAGGAAGGAAGGAAGCUAAAUAUUAGUGGAAAUUAAACUGACUAUAUUGGAGAAAGCUAGUUCCUAAACAUGUGAAAGCAUGUGUGGUUUGAGAUGUGCAACAAACUUAAUGAGCUGUUAUCUGCUUGAAUUUUGAAACGUGGAUAGUGAGUAUAUCUCAUUUUUAUAAGGAACACCCACCUAAUUGGUCACUGAAUGUCUAGAUUAGAAAUAUAGAUGCAGGUACACUGGUCUAACUGAAAUCAGAUCUUUCAACUGAGGUCAAAGAGCCAUUUUUUAGGAUGGACAGUUUGAAAUUGUCCAAUCUUAUGAAGACAUGAAAGCAUCCUCCACUAGUGUGUUUACUUAAAGAGAAGUAGAAUUUCUUGUUUGCAUUUCCAAGGAAGCAGAGAAUUAGAAUAUAUUGGUCAUGUUGUAGAUGAAUGGCUUAAUAACUCCAGUUCUGAUAAUUAGAAUUUUUUUCUACUAAUUAUAUUUUUAAAAAAUGGUCCAACAGCUAGUUACCAAAUUCUGUACACUGCUGAUUUACUUGAUUAAGAGUAGGAAAAAAAUGUAGCAAAAGAAAAUUUUGUACUUUACUGUAAAUGUAAUUAUUAUUCUAUCAGAAAUAUUUAUCUAAAGAAGCACGUUCAAAGAUACCAAAGAAAUGGGUGUGCAAUAAAAGCAUGAAGAAGGUUUGAAUAACUGAAAAGUUUUAGUCAUAACCACAUAGGGAGUGGUGAUGGUGGUCAGGAUUUAUGCUAGCAAAAAAAUGGAUAAAUAGUGAUGACGAUUCGAGAACAGCAAUUGUUUCUCUUACUGUAAAGAUGUUCAUUGUGAAUUCCCAAGGAAUAGUUGACAUUUUGGUGACACCUAGUGGAUAGUCUGUGAAACUCCAAGCUGUUUCUGUUCUUUAUACGAAUUUGACAUAAUUGUGCCUUUGUUUCCUUUAUUUAGUAAUGAACAACUCCUUUUUUGAGGGGGGAGGU